UAUAAAUUUGGGUUUUGCCAUUUGGGUUUUAGGCGCUACAUGAUGUUGAGUAUUUUUCGAAAUUUAACAACUGUCAGUAUAUCAAGACAAAUUAUUUAUUCUGUCUUAUCAGCAAAUGUGACUUCUGCAAAAGUGCGUAACAUUCACACAGCUGAAGAAAUGCCGAAAUCUUCGAGACUUGUGUGGGUAGAUUGUGAGAUGACCGGUCUUAAUAAAGAGGUGGAUCAUCUAAUGGAGAUAGCAUGCCUUAUUACUGAUGCUGAUCUUGAGGUUAUUGCAGAGGGACCUAACAUUGUCAUUCACCAGCCUGACAAAGUUCUAGAUGCCAUGGGAGACUGGUGUAAAGACCACCAUGGGAAGUCAGGUUUGACACAAGCAGUCAGAAACAGUAACAUCAGUCUGGUCGAUGCUGAAAGCAAGGUGCUGAAGUUUGUCCAGGAACACACGCCAAAGGGAGCCUGCCCAUUGGCUGGAAACUCUGUCCAUGCUGACCGCGAGUUUCUCGUCAAGUACAUGCCACAGUUGAUUGGUCAUCUCCAUUAUCGUAUCAUCGACGUCAGCACAGUGAAAGAACUCUGCCAACGAUGGUACCCUAGAGCUUCUGAGCAAGCACCAAAGAAGAAAUUGUCUCACCGGGCUUUGGAUGACAUAAAGGAAAGCAUUGCAGAGCUGAAGUACUACAGACAUUCAAUUUUCAAAAACUGAUCUAUGAGUAGCAGAUACUGUACAUUUAAUAUGUGCACAAACAAACUGCAGUGUUAGCAAUAUGGCGCUUCAUUCAUUGAAUAUACCUGUAGCUACUUACUUUGAACAACAAGCCUUUGACUGUAAUGUGUUAACUCACACAAACCAUAUAUUUGUGGCAGAAUCCUGAACACAUGGUAGCUAGGGAUGAGCAUUAGACAAGAUGUAGAUUCAAAAUAUCUCCAUUUCCAUCCCAAGGCUAAAAUUAUCUGCUUAACAAUAUAUAAUACUAGAAUUUGCUUUAUUUAAAUACAGUGACUAAAACCAUAUUAUUACCCAGAGGUCACUCAUAACAGGGAAAAUAUUUUCCAUAUUUUCUCAGUGAAAAAUAUUCUGCAUUGGUCUAACGAACAAUACUAUUGGACGAUUUGACGUUUACAAACCAAUGACCUUGUCGGUACUAAAUAU